AGCGCCACUUCACUUCCCACAACUCUCUCUCUCUCUCUCUCCAAGUGGUUUCCUCCAUUCUCUUCCAAGUUUCCAAGAAAUGUCAAUUAUAGCACGCAGAGGCAUCCGUUACAUGCCGAGACUAAAUGCAGCAAAAGUAUCUGAUGCUUUGCUAGAGAAAGGCCAAAGUCGUGUGAUAGAUGCUUCACUUACACUUAUUCGAGAGAGAGCAAAGCUUAAGGGAGAACUUGUGCGUGCUUUGGGAGGUGCCGUAGCAACUUCAUCUCUUCUUGGAGUUCCUUUGGGACAUAACUCGUCAUUCCUUCAAGGACCUGCAUUUGCACCUCCUCGCAUUAGGGAGGCCAUUUGGUGUGGUAGCACAAACUCAACAACUGAGGAAGGCAAGGAAUUACAGGAUGCACGAGUGCUAACUGAUGUUGGUGAUGUUCCUAUCCAAGAACUUCGAGAUUGUGGGGUAGAUGAUCACAGAUUAAUGAAUGUUAUUGGUGAAUCUGUUAAAUUAGUGAUGGAGGAGGAUCCAUUACGUCCUUUAGUUUUAGGUGGUGAUCACUCAAUAUCAUUUCCAGUUAUUAGAGCCGUCUCUGAGAAGCUUGGAGGACCGCUUGAUGUUCUUCAUCUUGAUGCUCAUCCUGAUAACUAUGAUGCCUUUGAAGGAAACAUUUAUUCUCAUGCUUCAUCUUUUGCUCGAAUCAUGGAGGGUGACUAUGUUCGAAGACUUUUGCAGGUUGGUAUAAGAUCAAUUACAGCUGAAGGGCGUGCACAAGCCAAAAAAUUUGGGGUAGAGCAAUAUGAAAUGCGGACAUUUUCAAGAGAUCGUCACCUUUUAGAGAACCUGAAACUAGGGGAAGGUGUUAAAGGUGUAUAUAUAUCAAUAGAUGUGGAUUGUCUUGAUCCUGCCUUUGCUCCAGGAGUGUCUCACAUAGAGCCAGGAGGUCUCUCGUUCCGUGAUGUUCUCAACAUCCUCCACAAUCUUCAAGGUGAUGUCGUUGCAGGAGACGUGGUUGAAUUAAACCCUCAACGAGAUACUGUUGAUGGAAUGACUGCUAUGGUUGCUGCUAAGCUGGUGAGAGAACUGACUGCAAAGAUUUCAAAAUGAUAAUCUCCUGCCUCCUGACAUUUACUCCCAACACACUUCUCAUUCCCUAAAAUGUUUUAUUUGAAGCAUUCAUAGAACAUAAUCAAUAAUUCAAGUCUUUGUGGGAAUGCUGCAUUUCUAUUGGGGUGUAGUUGGUCAUGCUUUUGCAGUUUCAAAUUUCUGCAGAGGUUGCAGUUUGUUUUUCUAUAUAGCCUAAUAGGAUGAUUGAUCUAUGUGACUCAUUGCACCUCUUGAUAUAAAUUUUGUAAGUGCAAGUUAUGAUAUACAAAACUAUCUUCUUAGUUUGAAAGACUAAUAAAGAAGAGAAUAACAUUAAUUCUUAUUUUUCCUUGCGAUAAAAAGAGGGUUAGUUUGAAGUUUGAAUUUUUAAGUAUAAAAUUUGUAAUGGUUGACACAGUAAUUC